CGCUGAGGGUGGAGCCUAGGACGGAGGGUGAUGGCUGCCGCGGCUGUGGCUGUUCGCGAGGGUGAGUGGAAGUGCUGGGGCGCACAGACAGGUACGCUAGCGGACGGGCCCCGGACGGCUACUGCUAGGCCCUGAGCCCCUUUGUGCUCUGUCGUUCCGUUCGGGCGCCACGCCGGACUCUGGUCUGCACUUCCUCGGGCACAGCCCCGCUCGGCGUACCGGCUGGUUCCUGUGAAAAGGGUGGGUACCCCCUUCUUUGCCCUCCCCCGCCUUCCCUUUGAUCCUGCCGCGCACUGCGUCUGCACGCGGAUCCUUGGCUCGCCCCCGCCUCGCGGCGGAUUCUUGGUCAUGCCGACCCAGCAGCCAGCCGCGCCGAGUACGAGUCUCCCCAAACCCUGUUGGAGCCUCUCCGGCUCACUCUGUGACCUGUUUUCUGAUGCAGACUCGGGAACUGGGAUGAAGGCAGAGCUUUCUACUCGGCCUGGGGCAGGGGGUAGGGAGAUGACCCAAGAAGAAAAGCUGCAGCUUCGGAAGGAAAAGAAACAGCAGAAGAAGAAACGGAAGGAGGAAAAGGGAGCAGAACCAGAAACUGGCUCUGCUGCACCUGCAGUCCAAUGUCAAGGCCCAACCAAAGAAGUGCCAGGACCGGGCAGGCAAUUGGGCACUGCUGGGGAGAAAGUUCCACCUGGUCGGAGUAAAGCUGAACUUCGUGCGGAAAGACGGGCCAAGCAGGAGGCGGAGCGGGCCCUGAAACAGGCAAGGAAAGGGGAACAAGGAGGGCCACCUCCUCAGGCCUGCCCCAGCACAGCUGCAGAAGCCCUUUCAGGAGUGAAGCGUGUCCCUGAGCACACUCAGGCUGAUGACCUCACACUUCUGAGGCGGCUUGUUAAGAAACCAGAGCGACAACAGGUUCCUACACGAAAGGAUUAUGGAUCCAAAGUCAUUCUCUUCUCCCACCUACCCCAGUACAGCAGACAAAACUCUCUAACACAGUAUAUGAGCAUCCCAUCCUCUGUGAUCCACCCAGCCAUGGUGCGACUCGGCCUGCAGUACUCCCAGGGCCUGGUCAGUGGCUCCACUGCCCGCUGUAUUGCCCUGCUUCGUGCCCUGCAGCAGGUGAUUCAGGAUUACACGACGCCUCCUAGUGAAGAACUCUCAAGGGACCUAGUGAAUAAACUGAAGCCCUACUUCAGCUUUCUGACUCAGUGUCGCCCCCUGUCAGCGAGCAUGUACAACGCCAUCAAGUUCCUCAACAAGGAGAUCACUGGUGUGAGCAGCUCCAAGCGGGAAGAGGAGGCCAAGUCAGAGCUUCAUGCAGCCAUUAAUCGGUAUGUGCAAGAGAAGAUUGUGCUCGCAGCUCAGGCAAUUUCACGCUUUGCUUAUAAGAAGAUCAGUAAUGGAGAUGUGAUCCUGGUAUAUGGAUGCUCAUCUCUUGUAUCACGAACUCUUCAGGAGGCUUGGGCUAAGGGCCGGCGGUUUCGGGUGGUAGUGGUGGACAGCCGGCCAUGGCUGGAGGGAAGGCACACGCUACGUUCUCUGGUCCAUGCUGGGGUCCCUGCCUCCUACCUGCUGAUUCCUGCAGCUUCCUAUGUACUCCCAGAGGUCUCUAAGGUGCUAUUAGGGGCUCAUGCGCUCCUGGCCAAUGGGUCCGUGAUGUCACAGGUUGGGACAGCACAGCUGGCCUUGGUGGCACGAGCCCAUAAUGUGCCAGUGCUGGUCUGCUGUGAAACAUACAAGUUCUGUGAGCGUGUGCAGACUGAUGCCUUUGUCUCCAAUGAGCUAGAUGACCCUGAUGAUCUGCUGUGUGAGCGAGGAGAACACGUGGCCCUGGCUAACUGGCAGAGCUACUCUUCCCUACGAUUGUUAAAUCUGGUCUAUGAUGUGACUCCCCCAGAACUGGUGGAUCUGGUGAUCACAGAGCUGGGGAUGAUCCCUUGCAGUUCUGUACCUGUUGUCCUACGAGUCAAGAGUAGUGACCAGUGAGUGGGGGAACACAGGGCCAAUAAAUGACAUAGGUCAAUAAAUGACAUACUCCCUACAUGUA